AUGACUUCCACGCAACAAGACCACAUCGUGCUACUGGUAGAUGACCCCUUCUUUGAAAAUCUCCCCGCCUGGGUCACCGACAACUUCACCGUCACCCCAGGGGGCUAUCACGAUGGCCAACCAUCUCGCAACAAGCUGGUGAUCUUCGCUGAUGGUACCUACCUGGAAUUCUUCAACUGGUACGACAAGCCACCGGCUCUAGACGAUGAAAAAUUGCCGAUGAGAUUCUGGGGCCCGAAACCCCCGGGUCUGAUUGACUUUGCCAUCACCGAUACAACCCACUCCGCAGAGGAGUCGGUUGGAUCGGUGAACGAACGAUUGUCCGAGGGCCCCGAGAAAGACGCCGGUCUCGGAAUCAAAUUCGGCAAGCCGAUUGCGGGCUCACGCAAAAAGUCUGACGGCGUGGAGAUCAGCUGGAAGGUCACACGGCCGGAGUUCUCCCAAGGCGACAAGACGCCCGGCCAAGAGCUCUUCGCCGACGGAAGAAUCGACGUCCCGUUCUUCUGUCACGACGUCACCCCGCGAACCGGGAGGGUCCCAAGUGAAGACGAGAAGAAGACGACACACCCUUGCGGUGCCACUGGCAUCGCCGCCUGCGAGAUACUCGUCCCCAAGCACCUGCUGACCGAAUACGCUCGCGUCUACUCCAAGAUUCUCGGCUCCAAGUUCGAGCCUGCCGCCGGACAUAGCUCGUACACUUUUGACAUCGGCGUGCCGCAGGGGUCUUCCCGAUCCACGGUGGUAGUGCGUGCUGCUGAGACUGAUAAAGACGUCAAGCGCAUGCAGGAGAGGGGAAUUGGUUUCUCCGAUCUUGUUCUUGCCGUCAAGGGCGAUGCCCCUGGUGGCGAUGUGAGGCGCCCGUUAGGCUCCACGGGCAUCGAGUCCACGAUCUGGUUAGAGAAGUCAAAGUCUUAA